GCCGAAGAAGCCUGGAGGUGGGACUCUGGGACCCCCGUUAGUAGAAAGGCAACCCGAAAAGGUGGAACUAAACUUGCAACUCUCGAUAGGGAUUGGAGUUGUUACGGUGGAGGGGGAGCCUAACGCCCACGACCGUGGCCAAUCAGCGUCCGGGAUGAUCUGCAAGGCCGGAAAGGGGAAAGGGGCCAAAUGGUUCUGCGGUCACAUGCCGCGGGGGUCUAGUGGGAGGAGCAGUUGCCCAGCGGCCGCCCAGAGCUUCCUGUUUCCGGUUCCCAGAGUGGCGCUCAGCUAGUCGCUAGGAGGGACGCUGGCUCCGCCACGAGCUCUGGGACCCGGGUCUGUGGCCGGCCCCUCGCUGGCCCUGUCUCCCAGCGACGGGCAGCUACUGGGCCGGGGAUUCUGAGCUUUGCCUACUGUCUUUGCACGUGACAUGAUGUCCCCCCUCCACAGCUCCUGGAGGACUGGCCUGCUCCUGCUGCUGCUCUUCUCCAUGGCAGUCAGAGAAUCUUGGCAGACUGAAGAGAAAACAUGCGACCUGGUGGGAGAAAAGGGUAAAGAAUCAGAGAAAGAGUUGGCUCUCCUGAAGAGGCUGACACCGCUAUUUAACAAAAGCUUUGAGAGCACCGUGGGCCAGAGCCCAGAUAUGUACAGCUAUGUGUUCCGGGUGUGCCGAGAAGCUGGCAACCACUCCUCUGGGGCAGGCCUGGUGCAGAUCAACAAAAGUAACGGGAAGGAGACAGUAGUUGGGAGAUUCAACGAGACUCAGAUCUUCAAUGGAAGUAAUUGGAUCAUGCUGAUCUAUAAAGGGGGUGAUGAAUAUGACAACCACUGUGGCAGGGAGCAGCGGAGGGCAGUGGUGAUGAUCUCCUGCAAUCGACACACUCUAGCGGACAAUUUUAACCCUGUGUCUGAGGAGCGAGGCAAAGUCCAAGAUUGUUUCUACCUCUUUGAGAUGGACAGCAGCCUGGCGUGUUCCCCAGAGAUCUCCCAUCUUAGCGUGGGUUCUAUCUUACUUGUCACGUUUGCAUCACUGGUCGCAGUCUAUAUCAUCGGGGGGUUCCUGUACCAGCGACUGGUGGUCGGAGCCAAAGGAAUGGAGCAGUUUCCUCACUUGGCCUUCUGGCAGGAUCUUGGAAACCUGGUAGCAGAUGGCUGUGACUUUGUAUGCCGCUCUAAACCCCGAAAUGUGCCUGCUGCCUAUCGUGGUGUGGGGGAUGAUCAGCUGGGGGAGGAGUCAGAAGAAAGGGAUGAUCAUUUGUUACCAAUGUGAUUGCACUUUAGAUGUCCAGCUUCUUCAGCCCCCAAACCAAAGCGUCCUCCGGCAGAUUUCUGAAGCAGUCCCUCAUCUCACCCUCAAUCUCAGUCUUGCUUUCUGGUUUGCUUUUGGUUUGCAUCCACCUGUCAGUAGAAGAAAUGCCUUUCCCUUUGUUCCCUGUUUGGUUUUCCCUCCUGAGAGGUACAGCUGCAGGACAGAGAUAAUAUAACAGGGCCAAUCACAACAGAGGCUGUUGCACUGUGUCUUCAUAACCAGAAAGUACAAGUAGAGGAGUUACUGUGAGCAAAAGGGUGUGGCAGGCUCCCUGACUCUUUUUUAAACACGUUUUCAUAAGUUUUUGAGACACUGGAUUUCUUUAAUUAAAAAGAAACAUUAUUUAUAGGUUUGAUUGCUUUCAUGCUAUUACUCUGCCCUACAGUAGUCUCCAUGAGAGUCUGGAUGUAACUUGCUGCUGGGAACUGUUUUGCAGUGAUUACUUGGUCACAAUCCAAGGACUGCCAUUUGGUCUGAGCCGGAGAGGUUGUAGACUUAACUUCUCCCACCUCGGGUCAGGAUGGAAACUGAAAUUUCCCAGGAUUACGAGGUACCAAACAUCAUUGGCUGGCCCUGGCGUGACCUUACAGCUGGAACUGGGCCCUGGGUCGUCAUCUUGGGUUACUGGUCCAUCUGCAGCUAAAAUACCUAAUCCAGAAGUGCAGUCCAUUGGAAGGGACACUGAAAUGGACCUCCUGUGCCACAGGGUUGCAGAAGCGGGAAGUCUGUUUACCUUGUAGUGGGAUAUCCUUGACGGCUUGCUUCUCCUGCUUGCAGUCAAAGCUGGCAGAGCUUUUCUAACUCCUAAAAUGUUCCCUCUACCAGUAUUUCUAAACAUGUUGAACUUUCCUUCACAGGCAUUUGUGUGUGUGUGUGUGUGCCCUCCUUUCUCCUGAAAAGGGAAUGGAAGCAGAAGUGGGACACGCAGGGCUCUGCCAUCUUCGGCCCUGGGUGCAGGCUUCUGCCACACCUGUCCUUGCUUCUGGCUCAGGGAUGUGUCUUCUUGCCCAGCCUAUCUCCGUGGGGAGAGGGCCUUAAACCUCUGAUGCUUCCGCCCUUCCAUUUAGGCUACGUGCCCAGAAAACUGGCCUGAUCUUUGAGAGACAGGGAGCCUGGGGCACUGAAGAGGAAUGUGGCUCCCCUGGCCACAUGAGGACGGAAUCAAUAAGCAGGGGGCUUUUUUAGCCUUUAGGCAAGAAAAUGAAAUUACUUCAUCUUUGGACUUUUAGAUACUAUUGGAAUGGUAUUUUUUCUUUUCUAAGCAGGGAAAAUGAUGUUAUAAAAGCAUUUUUCUGUUACGUGUUUGCAUUCCUCCGCAUACUCUGGUGUUUUAAAAAUGCGAAAAAUAUAUAUACAUUUUUUUGUACAAAAACUUAAAAGAUUAAAAAAAAAUGGCCUAGU